AUGCAAGUUUUAAAAGAUGAGUUCAAAAAAAUUUCAAGCAACUAUGGUCAUCGAGAGCUAUAUCUCGAGGGCUUCACGCCAGAGCAAAUCUACUACCAGAUGGAAGAUCUGUGCAACGCCAUUCUCCAGAGGUCUGAAAAGCUUAUCAGCGAGCUUCAUCCUAAAUAUGAAAAACUACCAUCCCGGAAAGAAAGAAAAAUUUGCAGUGAAAAAAGUCUGAUGGAUGUGGAGAGCGAAGCUAUUCCGAACCAAGAUGAAAUUUCGUCAGGAAGCGUUCACGCAGAGGAAAUGGGUGUAGCGGAAGAAUCGGACGGAGAGGAUGAUGAGUCUCUGGAGUCUAGGGACUUUGACAUCUCUGAAAACGAGAUCUUUCAAAUGCCAGCCAGUGAUGCGAUCAAACUCCUGGAGUCGAGAGUUAGAAGAUCCGAGGAAUAUUCCUCAGAUGGCUCUGGGUCAGACUCUGAGGCCGGGAAUCAGGAGCAAUAA